CUGCCGACAAACGCACUAGUGUUGUAAACAACGCGCCGAAAUAAACUUUGUUUUAAAGCGGAAAACAGUGAUCAUUUGUUAAAAGAAUCAUUUCAAAGCAGCUUCUGAUAGUUACCGCUUCGUCGUUGUUUUAGGCCUUACCAUGAACGCACCGCCAACCUUCGAAUCUUUCCUUCUAUACGAAGGAGAGAAAAAAAUUAUUAAAGAACUUGACAUGAAAGUUCCAAACGCGGCCAUUUUCACCGUAAAUAAGGAGGAUCAUACGCUAGGAAACAUGAUUCGCAACCAGCUACUGAAGGACCCGAAUGUGCUGUUCGCUGGCUACAAACUUCCCCAUCCGCUCGAGCACAAGUUCGUACUGCGCAUCCAAACGACGUCGGAAUAUUCCCCUCACGAAGCGUUCAUGAACGCCAUCACCGAUCUUCUGUCCGAGUUGUCGCUGUUCGAGGAGCGAUUCCGCGAGGCGAUGAAGGAGAAAAAGGAAGGUGGCGAUUGAGCGGUGUGUCGAGGGACACCCCAGACUCUGCACUGUUUGGACUUUCGGAUGGUCUGGUGGUCUCGCAACAGGAAGUGCGUGAAUGUGUUCUAGUGUGUAAGAAUGGUGACCUAUAUUGUUUCAGUAUAAAUAUUGCAUU